AUGAAAACCAUCGUGGCCUGUCAGCGUCUGGCACUUCGACUGUUUCUCCUGUACACGGUGUCAGCAAUUUUCGCCAUGGGUCAAGGAGCUUCCAAUCUGUCGCCUCCGUACUAUCCCGCCCCUUAUGGCGGCUGGGCUCCAACAUGGAGUGACAGCUACACUCGUGCUGUCACUCUGGUGGAGGCUAUGACUCUUGCUGAGAAAGUCAACAUUACGGCUGGAACGGGCAUGUACAUGGGUGAUCUUAGCCGAUGUGUGGCCAACACUGGAAGCGCGGAGCGUGUCGGUUUCCCUCAGCUCUGCUUCCAAGACGGGCCACUCGGUGUCCGAACGACCGGAAACAUCACUGCUUUCCCCGCCGGCAUCACCACUGGCGCCACGUUCGACAAGAAGCUCAUGUACGAGAGAGGCGUGGCGCUGGGCGAAGAAUUCCGCGGCAAGGGCGCGAACGUCUAUCUAGGUCCCUCAGUUGGGCCCAUUGGCAGGAAGCCAAGAGGCGGUAGAAACUGGGAAGGCUUCGGCUCAGACCCUGUGCUCCAGGGAAUCGCGGGAGCUGAGACGAUCCGAGGCGUCCAAGAGCAAGGUGUCAUUGCGACCAUCAAGCACCUGAUUGGCAAUGAACAGGAAAUGUACCGAGCUUCGUUCUGGCAGAAGGCGUAUAGCGCAAACAUUGGUGACCGGGCUAUGCACGAGCUUUAUCUCUGGCCUUUUGCUGAUGCCGUCCAUGCUGGCGUUGGUUCUGCAAUGACCGCUUACAAUGAUGUCAAUGGUUCAUCUGCCUCCCAAAAUAGCAUGAUUAUCAGUGGGCUCCUUAAGGACGAGCUCGGAUUCCAAGGCUUCGUCAUGACUGACUGGCUCUCUCACUAUGCUGGAGUCGCCUCUGCGCUGGCUGGUCUUGAUAUGUCCCUCCCAGGAGACACAUUCACAAACUCUAUCCCUCUAGUGGGAUAUAGUCACUGGAUGGGUGAGCUUUCAAAGUCUGUGUUGAAUGGCUCUGUUCCUGUUGAUCGCCUCAACGACAUGUGCACUCGAAUCGUCGCGACGUGGUUCCAGUUUGGCCAGGACCAAAACUAUCCAAAGCCAAACUUCCAUGCUUGGGUCAGCACUGCAGAGGGGGCGCUAUAUCCUGGAGCGGUAGUCAGUCCAAGCGGCUUGGUCAACGAGUUCGUCAAUGUCCAGGGCAACCACAAGGCAAUUGCAAAGCAGGUUGCGCAGGAAGCCAUCACCCUUGUCAAGAACAACAAUUCCUUCCUGCCGCUGAGUACCUCCGGCCAAUUCACUGUAUUUGGGACCGACGCACAGGCAGACCCCAGUGGAAUCAAUAACUGCCUUGAUAAGUCUUGCAAUGGAGGAACGCUCACGAUGGGUUGGGGAUCUGGUAGUGCGACGUUGCCAUACCUUGACGACCCCAUCACCUCUAUUCGUAAGAAAGCAGCAAAGGUUACGUACCAUGCCAGUGACACAUUCCCGAACGUUGGUACUCCUGGGGAUGAUGAGAUCGCACUCGUAUUCAUCAAUUCGGAUUCUGGGGAAAACUCGCUCACAGUUGAGGGCAACCACGGAGACAGAGAUGCCACCGGAUUGGCGGCAUGGCAUAACGGUGACGAGUUGGUUAAGAAGGCUGCGGCUGCCUACAAGAGUGUAGUAGUGGUCUAUCACACUGUCGGCCCCGUGAUAAUGGAGCCCUGGGUCAACCUGCCUUCCGUCAAAGCGGUUCUGGUUGCUCAUCUUCCGGGCCAGGAGGCUGGAGACUCUCUGACCGAAGUCUUGUUUGGUGAGGUUUCACCCAGUGGCCACUUGCCCUACACAAUCCCCGUUUCCGAGGACCAGUAUCCCGAGUCGCUAGAUAUUGUAGAAGGUGCAGGUGUCCAGGAUACCUACUUGGAGGACCUCUAUAUCGACUAUCGCUUCUUCAACAAGAACAACACCAAGCCUCGUUAUGCUUUUGGACACGGCCUCAGCUACACGACGUUUGAGUUUUCCGAGCCGUCAAUCACAUCAGUAACAAAGCUCACUCGCGACCUUCCAGCAAGAUCUCCGAAGGGCACGACCCCUGUAUCUUCAAUGAACCGCACCAUUCCUGCAGCAUCGGAGGUCUACCAACCCAGCGGUUUUUCCACGGUUUGGCGUUACCUAUACAGCUGGGUCUCGAAUGGAGACGCCGACAAUGCGUACAAGAUCGGCAAAGAGGGCACGUCGAAGUAUCCUUAUCCAGAAGGAUACAGUAGCGAACAAAAAGCCGGACCAGCAGCUGGUGGGCCAAAUGGAGGAAAUCCGGCACUUUGGGAGACUGCAUGGACCUUGUCCGUUACCGUCACUAACACCGGCAGCAAGGCAGGAAAGGCGUCCGGUCAGGUGUAUGUCCAAUUCCCAGAUGGGAACGGCUAUGACACACCUAUCAUUCAACUUCGAGAUUUCGAAAAGACUGCAACUCUGCAGCCGGGAGGAAGUGAGAAGCUUGAGUUCACGAUCAAACGCCGUGACGUCAGUGUUUGGGACGUGAAGGAACAAACCUGGGUUGUUCCGGGACUAGACAGUGGAUACAAGCUCUGGAUCGGCGAUAGCAGUGACAAUCUGCAUUUGUUUUGUAAUACGGCGAAGCUUGGAUGUGAAGAGGGGGUUGAUUCCCCGGUAUGA